AUGGACACGUCGUCGGCACCGCUUGCUGCGCCUGCGCACGCCGUCGGAGACCGCGUGGAGGACGCGACCGGUGCGCGUGGCACCGUGCGCUACGUGGGUCCCGUGGCGACGGCCAAGGACGCGUCAACGCUGUACUACGGCGUCGAGUGGGACGCCUGGGGCCGCGGCAAGAACGACGGCAGCGUGGAGCUGCCCGACGGCCGGCGCGUCGUGCACUUCCCCGGGCCCGCGGGUCGCAAAGUCGACGGCGUGCUGAGCUUCAAGUGUUCGUUCGCCAAGAUGUCCGUUUUCGACAAGUCGUGUCAAAAACACAGCUCGCUGCUGCAGCGGCUUCAGGAGCGCUACGGCAGCCAAGAUACGGCUUUCGGCAGUGGUGACAGUGGGUCCGACGUGACGGUGGCGGGCGGCGUGGGCACCACUUUGGGCAGCGAGAAGCCCAUCGAGCUCGUGGGCGUCAAAAAGCUCAGCACCCAGCAGACGCUGCAGACGAUCGAGAAGAUCUCGCUGUCUGGUUGUCAGAUUGCGGGGCUGGGCGAAGGAGAGAGCCUUGGCACGUUGACGCCCAAGCUCACGGAGCUGGACCUGUCGUGGAACCUGUUUGGCUCGUGGAAGUACAUUUUGGACAUUGUCAAAAACUUACCCCUGCUGGAGACGCUGAUCCUCAGUGGCAACAGGUUUCAAGUGGAGGAGGGGGAGGACGACGACGAUGACAAGGAGGGAGUUUUCGACAACGUCAAGGUGCUGGUGCUGAACCAGACGCUGCUGUCGUGGCCGGACGUCGGGAGACUCGUGACCCGCCACUUCCCGAGGCUCGAGCAGCUGCAUCUAGUGGACAACGAGUACGACGACGAGCAGCUGACGAAGUUUGAGGGUGGUGCGGGCUGGCUGGAGACGCUGGAGCUGCUGGAUCUGAGUCUCAACCGCUUGAGCUCCUGGAGGCGCGUGCGGCAGGUGGCUGGGGGGAUGUUCGUCAACUUGACGCAGCUCUUCCUGAACGACAACCGCAUUGUGACGCUCGUCGCCCACGCGGACCUCAAGUCUCCGGCUGCUGUGGCGUUCCAGAAGCUGCGGACGUUGUCGCUGAGCGGCAACUUGGUGGACUCGUGGACGUCCAUCGACGCGCUGAACGCCUUCCCGCUGCUGGACACGCUGCGACUGACCAAGAACCCGCUCACUGCGCAGAUGAGCGUGGGGGAAGCUCGCCUGCUGGUCGUGGCGCGGACGGACCGGAUCGCGGUGUUCAACGCGAGCCCCGUGCGCGAGAAGGAGCGCCAGGAGGCGGAGCAGCUCUACUUGAAGCGCGUCCUGCACGAACUGGCCGUGAUCGGCGACGACAAGAGCGAGCGAGACCGCGUACUAGCAGCUCACCCGCGGUACGCUCGGCUGCGUGAGCUGUACCCCGAGAUCUCCAUCGAGAGCGGUGGAGUCGGUCUCGACUCUGCAUCAGCUGCCGGCCCGCGCAAACUGGCGUCCAGCCUCAUCAAGGUCAGCAUCGUCCCCAUGUCCAUGAAGGCCACGUCGCUGGAGCCGUUGGUGAAGAAGAUCCCGCAGCAGAUGAAGGUGUCGCAGUUGAAGCUCCUGAUCGAAACCAAGUUCGGCGUGGCAGUUCCAGCCCAGGUGCUGUCGUUUCGCAGCGACGCAAGGAGCAUGCCGAUGCUGCUCGACGACGACAGCGCAGAAGUCAGCUACUACGGAAUGCAGAAUGGCUCGGAGGUGCUGGUCAAUGACAAUGAGUAA